AUGGCUUUGCUGUUUCCUUCCUGUGAGGAGCUAUGUGAGUUGGCAAAAGUUGUCCUGAAGAAGACCAUGUUGUCACCCAUGUUGGAAGAGCUGGAUACAGAGACUCUCCUGGCCAUGGUGAAGAAAGAGGGCAUCCAGGGAGCCUUAGAAGAGAAAAGAGUUGUGCUCGCACAAAUGGAGGCCACAGUGACAAACAAGAAGAAGCAACAAGCCAAGGAGAGGGGACAACAAGAAAAACAAAUUCACAGUAAACAGCUGAAAAUAAAAGUAAUGAUGAGCAAUUUAUCGAACUUGACAUCUGAACUCUCCAAAGUAGAGGAAGCCCAUAAAGCUCUUCUAAUGCAGAUGAACAAGCAGGAAAUACCAGAAACCAGAGCAGAGGUUGAAGAAAAUGACACUCCAAAUAAAGUACAAGCUGCCAACAGCAAAGUCAAACCUCAAGGAAAAGGGCGAAAACAGGUUGUGAAAUCUUCUGAACCAUUACAAGAUUCAACAAAACAAAGUAAACCGACAAAAAAGACCACUAGGGUUAAAGAUGCAGACAAACAGGGUAUUCAGAAAGAUGAUGCACCACAAACUUUGAAGAGGUCAACAAAGGCACCAGAAGAGUGCACACAGAAGAGUUCAAACCAAAGUAAACCAACAAGGACCUUAAGGUUUAGAGAUGUUGACAAACAGACCAGUCUGACAACUGCUGAUACAAGUCAAAAUUUGAAGGCAUCAACAAAAGGGCGGAAGAAUCAGGCUGAAGAUGGUGCACAGAAGCAUUCAAAGUCAACCAAAACGACACUGGAAUCAAAGCCUGUGGGAGGUCUGGUGAGAAAGCCUCCUGUGAAUGCGCUGACCACCAUGCCGAAGUACACAAACAGCGAUUCGAAAAUCAAUGCUGGGCAGAAGGCUCUGCGAGCUAGGAGGCCUCCUGGAAAUUCACUGACUAGUGCACCAAAAUUCAGAAGUGGAGGGAGGGAUAAAAUCAACAAUGGCCAACAGGGUUUACGAGCAAGAAAGCCUUCUGCAGACUCUCAGAUCACAGCGCCACAAUUAAAACAGGGGAGCAUGGAGAAUGCUCAGAAAGCACAAACAUCACAGCAGGUUCCAGCUGUGCGCUCCAGAAGGAAAGCUGGUGAAGAAGUCCAGCCUGUUGUCCUCAGGAGGUCCAAGAGGAGCAUUCGGAAGUGAAUGUUUGCUGCCGAACAGCACUGAUACCUUGAUGUCAGGUCUUCUGCUUCACUCAA